AUGGCUUCCAGCUCACGAAUGCGAUCCCAUGGCACGGUGGAGGCACUAUGUUCUACACUUCAAGCGCUGGAGCUCACAAUGCCCACGGUAUGGGCAGUUAUGCAUAAUGGAAAUAAAGAGCGCGACUUAAAAUUCUUUGCCUACAACCCCUGCGGCGUCCAUACUCCGGUUUAUAUGGACUUCAAAGACAAGACUGAAGGAAUGUCCAAAGACGGAAUUUAUGUAAUGCACAAUGGUCCCAACGAAAACAAGUUUGCAAUGACAGCUAUCAAUGCCUCUCGCAACGUACAAACGGACACACCGGAACUAGCAGCCGGUUUGGGCGCAGCCUCACCAAGUGGUCAGCUGGAAUUUAUGUCAGGAAGAUAUCUAGAUGCAUUCCGAAACAUUGAGGAUUUAUGCAAAAGGAUACUGUCAUACAAGCAUACGCCACUUAUUAUCGAUAUUUUAACCCUAUCCUCCUCUUCUACCGUCUAUAGGAUAUUGACUUCUAUGUAG